GCACCCAAAUAAGGCCUGGAAAUGAAUUUCACAUAGAGGACCCGGUCAGUCUUUAAGUAAUGGAGAAAUUAAAUGUUUUUCUCCAAGCAACCAGCUCUGUCUCCCAGUUGGGGGCUCCCUUGUCCACAGGAAAACAUAGUUUGCCAAUGCCAUAGCAGCAUUAAAAUACUAUUUGUUUUAAAAUCAUGGGCAGGGGUGGACUUUAUCUGGCAUACAUACCAAAUGCCCAGUUGGCCAGCACACAUUUGAGGCCGUUGUAGCGUAAAUCAUUUAUUUAUAUAACUGUUUAACAAAUGGGCCAACGAUAGGCCCAUAAAGCACAGACAGUGCUUGACAUUGUUUCUGUAGCAAGCAUAGUUUUUUAAUGAAGUCUUAACUUUGGCUAACUGUCCUAAUGGCAGAGGUGAGGUUAUUUUGACAGUAUAGCGUUGGCUAAACCCACGCUGCUGUGAAAAUGACUCAAAGGCUACUUGAGUAUGAGUUGUGUACUCCAUGGCCACCUCUGAUCACCAUGGAGUCAGUAAAUGAGUGUGAAUGAAUAAACUGAUUAACUUACACUGGUCCUUGGUACAUAGGCCUACCACUCAGAUGGUUGGGGGGAAUAUUACAGUAGGUAGCCUACACAUAUUAUAUGUGCAAGGAUUUGUGAGGAGAGUCCGACCGAUUGUGGUGGGUCACUUGGGCCAAAAAUGCCAGGGCCGAUUUUUUGUCCCAUGCCAGCCCUGAUCAUGGGGAUAUUAGAUCUUUUUCCUCCAGUCCUCUAGUUCUCUCUGCAUGUUGGCGGCUCUGCUGCUGGUCUACCUUGUCUCAUCCUCCCGUUUCAGCUCCCAGGAAGACGGGAAGGAAACUCUUAAUUAUUAUUUUAGAACAAUUUUUCUGAAAAUGAUUUACUGUCUCGUGUAAUGAUUUACUUGUGUUAGAGGGUAAAGAUGUUACACUGAUUUCCCCUACCAUCUGUACCUGUGCCUUUACCCUGCUCUGGCAGCCAAAAAAUGCAUCUAUCUUUUAAACUGCACCUAACUCAUUUUUUCUGGUAAGAUAUCACAUAGAGAACACUGUUUCUUUCACAGUAAUUGAGAUAUAAAAAUUUUUUUGUGAGAACUGUUGGGAACUUCAGGUAUUGCAAACUGUUUAAACAUUAAACUUCAAAGAACACUGACCUGCUGCUUUUUCAGCCAUGAACAUGUGUUCAGACCAUUGGGCUGUCACAGGGUAAAAGAACCCAGGCAGGGAACUUAUUUAGUCACUGCAGUUGCAACAAUUGGAAACAGAUUAGUAAUGGAGAUAUUAGAUGUUUUUCUCCAGUCCUCCAGUUCUGUCUCCCUGUUGGGGGCUCUGUUGGUCCUGCUGCUCGUCUACCUCGUCUCCUCCUCCAGCUUUAACUCCCAGGAAGACAGAAAAGAACCUCCAGGACCAAAGCCUCUUCCCGUGCUCGGUAACUUGCUCCAACUGGACCUCAAGAGACCCUACAACACAUUACUGAAACUUUCCAAGAAAUAUGGAUCAGUGUUCACUGUGUAUUUUGGACCCAAGAAAGUCGUGGUUCUAGCCGGAUACAAGACGGUGAAGGAGGCACUUGUCAACUAUGCUGAUGAGUUUGGAGACAGAGAUUCACUGUUAAUAGCACACGAAAUGAAUCAAGGCCACGGUAUUGUAUGGUCAAAUGGUGAUUCGUGGAAAGAGAUGAGGCGCUUUGCCUUGACGAACUUGAGAGACUUUGGGAUGGGGAAGAAGGCUUGUGAGGACAAAAUCACUGAGGAAUGUCACUAUCUCAUAGAAGUGUUUAAGAAAUUCAAAGGAGAAGCCUUUGAUAUAACCCAAUCAAUGAACUAUGCAGUCUCUAAUAUCAUCUGCUCCAUCGUCUAUGGCAGCAGAUUUGAUUACAGUGACCUAAAGUUUACAUCCAUGGUAGAUCAAAUAAACAAAAGAAUUCAACUUGUGGGCUCCCCAUCAAUACAGAUGUACAACCUGUUUCCAUGGAUCUGCCAAUGGGUUAGUGAAAGAAGAGAAAUCCAAAACAUCACAGCCUCCUUUAAAAAAGAGAAUUUAGACCUGUUCAGUCAUUUGAAGGAGACCCUUAAUCCACAGAUGUGCAGAGGCUUUGUGGAAGCCUUUCUGAUCCGAAAGCAAAAUCUAGAGGAAUCCGGGAUUACUAAUAGUCACUUCCACAAUGAAAAUCUUAUGGAGACAGUUCUGAAUCUGUUUGUUGCUGGCACUGAGACAACAUCAACUACACUGAGAUGGGCACUUCUGCUUAUGGCCAAGUAUCCAAAAAUACAGAACCAGGUCAAGGAGGAGCUGAGCAGGGUAAUAGGAAGUCGUCAGGUGCAGGUCGAGGACAGGAAGAACCUGCCCUUCACUGACGCUGUCAUCCAUGAGACACAGAGACUGGCCAACAUCGUCCCCAUGUCAGUGCCUCACAGAACCAGCCAAGAUGUCACCUUUCAGGGUCACUUCAUUAAGAAGGGGACCACAGUGUAUCCUCUCUUGACUUCUGUCCUGUAUGAUGAGAGUGAGUGGGAGAGCCCACACACCUUUUAUCCUGCCCACUUCCUGGACAAAGAUGGAAAGUUUGUCAAGCGAGAUGCCUUCAUGCCUUUUUCUGCAGGUCGCAGGAUUUGUCUUGGAGAAAGUCUGGCCAGGAUGGAGCUCCUCAUCUUCUUCACCACCCUCCUGCAACACUUUCGCUUCACUCCUCCACCUGGAGUUUCAGAGGAUGAACUGGAUCUGACUCCACGUGUGGGCUUCACCCUCAACCCUUCACCUCAUAAACUGUGUGCUGUCUCCUGCAUGUGAGGAAGAGGAGGGCUGGUGUCAUGCAGUUUAUCUUAGUUUAGGAAUAUAAAAUUAGUUCAUUGUAAAUUGUUACUGUACACGUAACUGAGUAGAUUCUACUUUAUGCAAUGUCACAGAUGUAGUAGGAUGAAUAUUAAUGGUCUGCAUCAUCAGCUGCUUUCAAUUUCUUAUGCAAAUUCCCAGCAGAAUCAUCUUUAAUAAGUUAAUUUUAUAAUUUCCAGAAUAAAAGGCAGAUUUUAAAGAAAUUGUUAAUACUGGAAAUACUCUUAUUUGCUUUCUUUCCGAGACAAAGAUGAGAUGAAAGAUACCACUCUCAUGUUUGCGCGUGCAGAGCUGAAGUCGGCAGAUUGCUUUGAUGGCUUAGCUUAGACGCUGAAAGCACAGAGAAACAGCUUGCCUAGGUCUUUCAAAAACAUAUCUAUACUAUAUCAACUUAACAUUGUUUUUGUUUUUUUACAUCUGUUCAUUUAAUGGUGAUAAGUUGUGGUUUUACAGAAAAAUAAUUACAUUUUGCUACUAGAGAUUACACUCUUCUCAAACUUAAUCUCACUAUGGCUCUGUUCACUCACUUUGAGCAUCACAGUUGAUUUAAAUGACAAAUUAAAUUAACAAAGACGUGUUUAUUUAAAUCACAAUAUUGAAUAUUUUCAAAUGUGUUAUUUAGCCCACUUGCCUGUCAGUGUGUUCAUGGUUGGGUUAUUUUAAUCUGUAGCUACAGUUUGGAUGUUUGCAUUGCUUGACAAUGAUAUUAUAUUACUUUAACCAGAAAUAUCAGUCUAGUAAUUCAAUCUUGAAGUGAAAAAAAAAAAUAAAUUAAAAGUUGUAGCAUUUAUUCAGAA